CUUCCUCCCGCUGCCUCCACGUUCUGCUUCCUCCCAUUGCUGCAGUAACAACAACUCCGACUCCAGCGUAGCCAGCGAAAAUCCAGAGCGACUUAUUCCCUCGCACUUCAACAAGGAGUGAUGGCAAAUGCAUUAGAUGAAUGGAUGUCUUCUAAAGAUGAAUUUUAUAUCCCUCAAGUUAGAGAUGAAAAAAAAAACCGAAAGUAGGGCUAGCAUUCCAGUCAUUGGAUGAAACAUACGAGUUCUACAAUGAUUACGCAAAGGAUGCUGGGUUUAGUGUCAGGAUUAGCAAGGAGAAGAAAAAGAUAAAAACAGGUGAGGUUGUUUGGAAACGAUACGUUUGUUUUAAGGAAGGUGAAACAGAUGAGACAUGGAGGAAAAAAAAAAGACAGUGAGUCUACACAAAUAGAAAGAGAACGAGGUAAUGUUUGUGAAAAUUGCAAAGCAAAGUUAACAGUAGUUUAUGAUGGGUUCAAUUUUGUAGUUCAGACUUUCAUUGAGGAACAUACUCAUCCACUUGCAACACCAUCUAGAGUACAUUUGUUAAGAUCUCAUCGUGGUGUAUCAGAUACAAAGAUUAAGUUGGUAAAAAAGUUUUCCAAUGUGAACAUUCCAUUAUAUCAACAAUUCGAACUCUUGGAGACACAAGCUGGUGGACAUGAAAGUGUUGGGUUCAUAGAAAGAGAUUUAAGAAAUUUUGAGCGAGAUGAAAGGGAGAAAAUAAAGGGUCGUGAUGCAGAAAUGUUAUAUGAGUACUUCAAAUCGGAGGAAGAUAAGGAUUCCGAUUUCUUUUUUAAGUUUGAGACAGAUAAUAAUAAUAGGAUGACUAGAUGUUUCUGGGUUGACUCUGUUGCAAGGAAAGCUUACACACAUUUUGGUGAUGUGGUUGUAUUUGAUACAACCUACAAUACAAAUCGUUAUGCAAUGAUCUUUUCUCCUCUUGUAGGUGUUAACCACCAUGGGCAAACUACCAUUUUUGGUUGUGGAUUUUUGAGUAAUGAGACUUUUGACUCAUUUGUUUGGCUAUUAGAAACAUGGUUAGAAGCAAUGAAAAUUGCCCCUACAGUUAUAAUCACUGAUCAAGAUCAAGCAAUGACUAAGGCUAUAGCUCAAGUUUUACCAAACACGUUCCACAGAUAUUGCGUGUGGUAUAUUUUGAACAAAUUUCAAGAAAAGAUGGGUUAUUUUGCUCAUCAUAAUUACUAUGCACUUUUCAAGACAGCCAUAUGGGAAUCUGAGACUGUAGAAGAAUUUGAAAAGAGUUGGUAUGAAGCUUUGGAGAUAAGUCAGCCAAGUAGUAAGGAGUGGUUCGAAGAAAUGUAUAAAUUACGUGGUACAUGGAUUCCUACCUAUGUCAAGCAAUACUUUUCUGCAGGGAUGUCUAGCAGUCAAAGAGCAGAAUCCAUGCAUGCAUUCUUCAAGCGUUAUUGUUCCAAAAGCAACUCUUUGAUGGAUUUUGUGACUCGUUUUAAUAGGGCACUAGCUCAUUUGAGACAUGAAGAAUUGGUUGCAGACCAUGGGGAUUAGAACGAGAAACCUAAUAUUAAAUUAGGGAUGCUGAUGGAGAACCAAAUGGUUGUUAUGUACACUAAGAAAUACUUUUACAAAUUUCAAAAAGAGCUUCUG